AUGGAUGGAUUACACCAUUUGGGCCACGAUUUGGACACACAGUCGACGCCACCAUUGAUUGAAUACACAAUCCAUACGACAAAGUGUCCACUCAUUCGCCGCACGAGUCGUACCCGACGUAACCCUCAAUGUCAACGCCCGCCCGAAGACGACUUAUGCGUGACUUUAAACGGUAUACCAAUUGUCCGAUCGNCAUUAUUACACCAUUUGGGCCACGAUUUGGACACACAGUCGACGCCACCAUUGAUUGAAUACACAAUCCAUACGACAAAGUGUCCACUCAUUCGCCGCACGAGUCGUACCCGACGUAACCCUCAAUGUCAACGCCCGCCCGAAGACGACUUAUGCGUGACUUUAAACGAGGACCCGCCGGCGGGUGUGAGCGGAGCGCCAACUGAUAACAAUAUUAUGAUCUGGAAUGCAGUCAUCUUCGGUCCACGCGACACUCCCUUCGAAGACGGAACCUUCAAAUUGACGCUCGAAUUCACCGAAGAAUACCCGAACAAAGCGCCGACCGUUCGGUUUGUGUCCAAAAUGUUUCACCCGAACGUCUAUGCGGACGGAAGCAUAUGUUUAGAUAUCCUGCAGAACCGUUGGAGUCCGACAUACGACGUGUCGGCGAUCCUGACGUCAAUCCAAUCGCUUUUGGACGAACCGAACCCUAACAGUCCGGCCAAUAGUCUGGCCGCACAACUCUAUCAGGAGAAUCGACGCGAGUAUGAGAAGAGAGUGGCCGCUAUUGUGGAGCAGAGUUGGCUCAACUUCAGCGAAGACGAGGACAAAGAGCCUAAAAAGACAGACUCGACGUCCUCUUAAUGUCUGCUUUCAUCACCAUUUGGUUUAUAAAUAUAUUAAUUAUAAUUAAAUUUUCAUUUGUUUUUAAAAUCCCUUCUAUAUUAUCUCAUUCUACAUGUAAUUUUAAUUAUGUUUUCUAAUAAUUAUUCUAAAUUUAAUUGAUGUUUGAAUUUAAAUUUUUUAGAUAAUUAACUCAUUUUUCUUUUAUGUAUAGUUUUUUGAAAAUAAUUUCUGUACUUAUUUUGUAAUUCUUUUUCGUUCGAGAAAUACAACAACAAAGACAUCUCUAAUAGGAAAACAAGUGUUUGUUUUUUAUUUACAUUUUGGCCUACAUUUCUGACAAUUUGUUUCUGUGCACAACACUUAUAAUACAUAUAAAUAUAUACAUAACAGUAUAUUUAUAAAUAUAUAUAAUAUAUAUUAUAAAAACGGUUAGUUUUAUUAAUUGAUAUAUAAUUAUAAUUAUUAGACAAAACAAAAAGAGCGUGUAUUUGAAUGACGGCCACUAAUAAUAGGGACUUAUAGGACCUCUAAGUCGACGUGUCGCACCUGUGGGUGUCUUUUCUGUAUUAUAUUAUAAAAUAUAAAUUUUAUUAAUUAAUUUUAAUUGUUUUAAUUAAAAUUUCAAUUCUGUAUUCAUUUGCAAAACA